GAUACAUAUGGAUGAAUACAUCAAUUCUUACGACAUGUUAAAAACAUGUAUGGCUCGUCACAUUUGUUUACUCAGAGCCAUUGCCAUCAUUGAAGAUGCGUAUAAUAUAACACUUCUCUCAUUAUUUGUAUACUUUGGAAUGCACUUUGCUUUUUACGGUUUCCGUAUAAUUAAUCUUUUUGACGAAGGAAAUGAAUUAUCAAUCACUCAUUUGGUAUAUUUUGUAUCAACAUUUUUUAAUUUAUUUGGACAUAUGUGUCUAUAUUGCGCUCUCGGAGAGUUUUUGGUGGCCCAAUGUAACGAAAUAUAUUAUGCGGCCUACAGUAAUAAAUGGUAUUCCGCGGAUUUGAAAAUUACACGAGCCUUGUUGUUUUUACUGGUAAGAGGCGCUAAACCGAUUUAUCUUACUGCUGGAAAAAUAUUCCCCAUGACAAUGAACACAUUUUGCAGUUUAUUAAAGACAUCAAUGGGAUAUAUAUCAGUUUUACAUACAACGAGAAGUUAUUAGCAAAUUGGGAUAA